AUGGCAAGCACACGGCAACUCGUUAUUGCCACCAAGCUACAGGACAAUGGCCCCUUCCACGUUUCCAACCUAACCCAGGAGAGUGCAGACAAACUUGCGCAGCUUCUGACCUCGAAUCAUGACAAGUAUCACCUGAGCUAUCACCAGUUUGGUCUUCACAACCAUAUCCUUCACCACCUCCUGUGCAUCUACGCUCUUGGGGCUACUCCGCUGCAGAUGGAAAAAGCCUUCGACCUGAACGCUGUCUACCAGCUACCUUCGCACUACGCCAAUUCAGGGCACGCACAGCAAUUGGCUGACCCGGUCGAGUUCAAGAAGUGCCUCGGAGAUUCCAAGUACUUCAAUGACUACUUCCUCUUUUUCUGUAAGGAAAUUGAGACCCACGGAAUUCCAACAACGGUAAACACAUUCAUCUUUGGCGAUGACGAGCGAGCUACCGACAUGUUCGACAGAUUUUUCGGGGGCUAUCUGCACUGCAUCAUCCACCUUGGUUAUGCCCUCGAAUACAUGCAACCGUUCUUGGUCGCUGAGGCACUAGCUUCAACCGCCGUCCAUCUCCCUGAGCUCCAUGAUUUCCUUCUUCCAACUGAAAAAGUUGCACCCUCUACUGCAAGUGUCUCACAGGUGGAGAUAUUCGAGCAAAUACGUGCAAACACGAGGAUCCGCAGUGCAAUGCAUUAUGACUAUAUCGACAAGAUCAACGACGGUUUGAUUGGUGAAGCCGGUGACGAAUUAUUCAGAGUAAUCAGCCAGUGGAAGGUUUCGGUCGACGAGGUAGAAGUCAAGGCUACCGAGCUGUUCAACGCAUGCGUGUACUACACGACUAUGGCCCAACGAUCAAAUAAGCAGAUUCGUUUCGAUUUCAUGCUUAUACACACUGUAACCACAGCCACAUUCCUUCCAGUUUAUUUGAAGACGGAUUGGAUCAAACCCGAGUCAAAAGCUCGCCUCGUCGAGUGGCUUGGCCGAGCCAAUCUACUGCUGUACGCUGAAUGCGGUGCCCCAGAACCUCGUCCAGAGGAGCUCAAGACCUACAAGCCACUUCAUCCGUCUGGGUGGGAUGGUGUGUUCCAACGUGCCUGUGAGUAUGAAGAUGACGGCCAUACGUCCAAGUUCCUCGCUCAUCAAGAAGACUUCUUGACCAUUGCCCAUAUGAUCAUUGACAGUGUGGAGAAUUUCGACAAGUCUGCCGAUCACGAGGUGCAUGAGGUUCGCAAGGUGUCCCUUUACCCUCGAAUCACAGAGCCCGAAGUGCAGCUUGUGAUUGCUCGGUGGCCUAGAUAUGUCGGCUUUGAACAGGGUUGGCACCAUGUGCCGGACAGGCAAGAAUUAUACCUGUAG